AUGGCGAUGGCGACUCCUAUCCGCAAGAAGAGGAAUUGGAAGGCUCUGCAACUGAGUGUUGCAGGUGAUCCUUCCCCAGCGACUGCCCCGGAGGGUACAGAACCAAUGGCCAUUCGACAGGCUCCAGCUCCAGUCGUCGCAGCUACAGCAUCGGCACCCGUCGUCGGUGGAAAGAGACGGCCACCUCCCAUGGUGAUCAAAGCGCCUAAAAUUCCCACCUCAACCGGUGCUGUAUCCGCGGUAGAACAAGACGGCAACAUGCUCACCGUCGGUGGAAACCUAAACCAGCAGCCACAUUCAGCAUCGCCUAAUCUACGUCGUAAUACGUAUCAUGCCACACUAUCCAACACGCUAGCCAACCUGGACAUGAACGCCGAAAUCAAGUUCGAUUUGAAGAAUGAGGAUCUCAAAGACCUGCAGGAGCUCGGACAGGGGAACGGCGGAAGUGUGAAGAAAGUUGAACACAUCCCAACAAAAACCAUCAUGGCCAAAAAGAUCGUCCUGAUUGAUGCGAAGCCCUCUGUGCGGAAACAGAUCUUGCGAGAGCUGCAGAUUAUGCACGAUUGUCAUUCGAAGUAUAUCAUAUCCUUCUGGGGAGCUUUUCUUGCCGACCCUAAUAUCUGCAUGUGCAUCGAGUUCAUGGACAAGGGGUCACUAGAUGGCAUCUACAAGAAAAUUGGACCCAUCGACAUCGACAUCGUCGGUCAGGUGGCCCUGGCCGUGUUGGAAGGUUUGACAUAUCUUUAUGAUGUCCACCGUAUCAUUCAUCGAGACAUCAAGCCGUCGAAUAUCUUGUUGAAUUCACGAGGAGAGAUCAAAAUUUGUGAUUUCGGUGUAUCCGGAGAGCUCAUAAACUCCAUUGCUGAUACGUUCGUGGGCACUUCGACGUACAUGAGCCCCGAACGAAUACAGGGAGCGCAGUACACUGUCAAAUCAGAUGUCUGGUCGCUCGGCAUUUCUCUGAUCGAGCUUGCCCUUGGCCGUUUCCCAUUCUCUGAGUCAACGUCUGAUGGAGAGUCAGACUCGGACUACGAGGGAACUCUGUCGCCUGCCCGACCCGGUUCUAUAUCGCUCUCCGGUCUCCCACCUGCCCGUAUCAAGAGGAAUACGCCGAAGAAGGACAAGCGGAAGAGUAAAGGUGUGAGUUUGCAGGGUGGAGGAAUGACGAUGAGUAUCUUGGAGUUGUUGCAGCAUAUCGUGAACGAGCCUGCACCACGGCUGACGCCUGAAGGACGAUACCCGAAGGAAGCUGAGGCAUUCAUUGACAGCUGUCUGUUAAAAGAUCCUGAUAGCAGAAAGACGCCAAAGGAUCUAUUGAAGGAUGCAUGGAUAGAACAGGCACGAGUGUCGACAGUGAAUCUGGAAGACUGGGCGAGCACAUUCUAG